AUGGCUUCUUCGACUCUUACAGAAAUAAAGACGGUGGCUUCUCAGCCUCUCAGGAUGGCGGUUGGAACAGGAGUCAUGGAGUAUAACUCGUCGGUUGACAGGUUCAGAGAUGACGAGUAUCCCAACAUGGCCCAAGGGGCCUAUCUCGAUCAUGGCGGCGCCACCAUCUACUCUCGAUCUCUCAUAAGCAGCUUCUCUCACGCAAUGAUCAGCAACCUAUGGGGCAACCCACACUCGGAGAACCUACCAGCGAAGCUCUCGGGUGAGAUGGUGGAUAAUAUUCGUGCCAAGGCUCUCGACUUCCUUGGUGCUGACCCUGACCAUUUUGAUCUUGUGUUCGUCGCAAACGCCACGGCCGCUAUCAAGCUGGUGGCAGAUGGGUUUCGAGAUCUCGGGGAGAAGACACCGACAAAGAGCUUCUGGUAUGGAUAUCACAGGGAGGCUCACACCAGUAUAAUUGGUGUUCGGGAGCUUACGUCUGGGGAUUAUCACUGCUUUGAGGAUGACGAGUGCGUCGACAAAUGGCUCGACUAUCCCUCCAACCCUGAGGUUCGAAAGAGCAAAUCCACAGGCUUGGGCCUAUUCGCAUAUCCCGGUCAGUCGAACCUCAGUGGCCGCCGGCUACCAAAGGGAUGGUUAAGGAGAAUACGAGAGAACCCUCAGCUUCGAAACACGUACACACUCUUUGACGCCGCAGCCCUCGCCAUGACGACGUCACUCGGCUCACUGUUCAGCGACCCCUCCGACGCACCCGACUUUACCUGCCUCUCGUUCUACAAGAUCUUUGGAUUUCCGGAUCUCGGCGCCCUGGUGGUCAGGCGGGCGUCGGGACACGUACUCAACCUAAGAAGAUAUUUCGGAGGAGGAACGGUGGCACAACUGUUUCCUUUGAAUGGUGACACUCGCGUUGCGAAGAAGGUUCCCGGCUUGGGAGAUCAGUACGACAUGUGGAACAUCCAUGACGGUCUCGAGGACGGGACUCUUCCGUUCCACAGCAUCUUGGCCCUCGGACUAGCCAUUGAUACCCAUAUUCGACUCUACGGCUCUAUGGAUGCUAUUUCUCGUCAUUGCUGCUACCUGGCCCGUUCCCUUUACAAGAGUCUUGUGGCUCUCAGGUAUCCCAACGGUGCUCCCGUUGUUGAGAUCUACGUCGACGACCCUUGCGCAUACGGAGACCCUUCGCGACAAGGGGCGACGUUCGCCUUCAACAUUAUGAGGCAGGAUGGCACCUAUGUUCCUUGGACGGAUGUUGAGAAGCUAGCCAAUGAUGCUGGGGUGUAUAUUCGAGCUGGCGGUGUCUGUUGCCCCGGUGGUGUUUCAAAGGCUCUCGAGUACGAGGAGUGGGAGUGGAACAGGAUGUUCUCGAGCGGACACGCCUGCGGUGCUAACGAGAUGGCCAUCAUCAACAGAAGGCCAACUGGUAUUGUUCGCGCCAGCCUUGGUGCCAUGACUACAAAAGCCGACAUUCAAGCUCUACUGCACUUCCUCCACAACCAGUUCAUAUCAGAGGCCAAGACAGCCCCGUUGCUUGAGCCUUCCAAGGAUUCGAUACAUCUACCUCUGCGAGAGGCGUAUGCGAUACAUGGGAUGGCCAACGAGGGCUACCUAAAGGAUUUGUAG